AUGUCAAGCAUUUCCGCUUUGAACAGAUUGAGCCGGAAAAGUUUCUCUCUCACGGUGGUUUUGGAGCAGUAUGGGCUGCGAAAUAUCGGUCCCAUGACAACGAUGCGAACCAAGGAGGGCUCCGAGGACGAUGACAUCACCGCAACCGAUAAUUUGGACUUUCUGCACAAGCAGAGAGCUCGUGAGGUUGAUUUGCGGCCCCCUGGACCGCACCCCAACAUUGUCCCUAUACUCGAUGACUUUUUCGAUCGUGCACCUCCCGUCAAGACGGAAGGAGAAGGCGGGAGGGAGGCGAGUUGGGAAGGUGUUGAGAAGUUUCCAGACGGUUUUGGCGGUCGUCCUUAUACUUUAUAUCUUCUUAUGGAGAGAUUUGAUGGAUCUCUCGAUGAUCUUCUGAAUGGAAAGUGGAAACCGACUACGACCUUUUCAUCUUCCAUGAAUUCUGCCUCGUUUUUAAUGCGUCAGCCAGCAUCACACGAAAUUGCAUCUGGAAGUCCCUUUGAGAUCCCGACCUCUAACAUGGAGUUUUCCUCCCUUUGUCUACGCACUGAAGAGGCCAUUGGUGUGGCAGUUCAGAUGGUCGAGGCGGUGGCCCACCUGCAGCGGUAUCACAUAGCCCAUCGAGAUAUCAAACCAUCAAAUUUUCUCGUUAGAAGCAGGAACCUUCCAAAGAGAGUAGACUUACUGAAUGGUGAAACGGUGGAGGCAAUUAACUUGCGUCUGCAAGUUGCGCUAACCGACUUCGGUUGUGCUAUUCGAACGGUCGACCACGCUAUCGGUCGUGAUUGCACCACCGUCUCGCACAGCGGCAACAUCGCUCUCUGGGCGCCCGAGGUGGCCGUGCACUUCUCCGAUCCACAAACCUCUGAUCAGCAAUGCACCCUCCCAUCCAUCUACUCGCGUGCGGACCUCUGGGCCGUCGCCACCAUAGCCUACCAGCUCUUUGGCCGGCCCAAUCCCUUCUUAUCGGGUGAACUGUCGUCGACGAAUUAUGCCGAGUCGGAGUUGCCUAUGCUGCCGAGUGCUGCGCCCGGGGUGUUGGUUUGGGUGCUGCACUCAUGUUUACGGCGCAAUCCCUCCGCCCGUCCUCCAGCCCCCCUUGUCGCCGACGUCCUACACACCUGGUGCCUCCUAGCCAAUCUCAAGCGAUUCCUCUCUCCUCGUCUGUUCGACAAAGUCGUUCCACAAAUACCUUUGCCAAUGGAGAUCCUAGUCAAGGCGGCGGGCGGUGACUUUCUCAACAAUGAGGAGACUUGGCUCACGAUGAAGUUGGCGGCAGAGGGUUUCUCGAGACUGCAUAAGAGACUGGAUGAUCCAUUGCGUCGGAAGCUGCGCCAGUUGCUGCAACUAACGUGGACGGCGGAUUGGCUUCUGGGGGCAGCCAAAGUCACGGGACUGCGCCAUCUCUUCUACCAGCGUGUCACACUGGAGCGAUUUGCCUUCUGCCUGGCUUUCGUUGAAGUUUUUGGCAGCUUCAGCACUGGGCUUUAUCUCCCGACAAGUGAUGUCGACAUUGUCAUAUUCGGCAAAUGGCCGCAGUUGCCUUUAGGGACCUUGGAACGAGCGUUAAAGGAAAAUAACUUUGCCACUGAUAUUAAGGUCCUUUCAAAGGCGACCGUUCCGAUUGUGAAGUUUACCGAUUCUGAUACCGGACUUCAUGUCGACAUAAGUUUUAACAUGGCUAACAGCGUCCGUGCCAUAAAAUUCGUACAUACCUAUCUGGGGAUUUAUCCUUGUCUUCGUUACCUCGUCUUCACGUUGAAGCAAUUCCUCCUUGUUCGCGAACUUAACGAGGUUUGGACCGGCGGCCUCAGUUCCUAUGCUCUAAUAUUGAUGUGUAUUAGUUUUUUGCAGCAAAAUACCAGGGAAAAGGAGACCGUUAAGUCCAGAAACUUGGGAACUCUCCUUUUGGAAUUUUUCGAGUUUUAUGGAAUUCGCUUUAACUACAGGACUACUGGAAUCAGAUUUUCGGAACAGAGUUCUUUUAUUUCCAAAGACUGGUUCACGAAAAGCAUGGAACGCGACCAGUAUCCCCCUCUCUUAUGUAUCGAAGAUCCUCUUUGCCCGGGAAACAAUGUUGCUCGGCGUUCCUACUCGUCAAAUAUGGUUUUAGAUGCGUUCAAACACGCUUAUCUAGCGUUAUCCGCCGCUUUACGCACGGAUGCUGAUAACGUCGGGAGCAUCUUAUCUUCCAUCUUGCUCAUACCGCCGGAUACUAUAACCUCUCGGAAGCGUGUAAGGGCUUACGCGCUGCUGAUGUACCAACUCAUGCCGUCCUUUUUUGUGCCCCAUGUUAAAUCUGGAAUUACUCCCAUGCAAUUACAACAGAUGUCAUCUAAGACUUCCCCCACUCAGCCCUGCGAAUGCUCGGAGGAUCAACUUAAUAACUCUAGUCCCCCAACAAAGGCACCGAUCAUUGUGUCUGCUCGUGGACUUAGUACUCGGCCUCCUGCUUUUCUGCGCGCACCUAACGGCGCUGAUAUGUUAUACCUCUCCACCAGCUUCCCGUCUUAUGCGUAUCCCUCCAAUCCUGUUUUCUAUGACCCCUUGUGUUUCCCCGUCCCAAAUCCCCCUAAUGGCGCGCCUACGGUUCAAAAGCCUGUUUUCGUCAUGUUUUCACAUUCCGCCUUCACAUCUGUGUCGAGUCCAGUCUUCUUCUCACCCUAUCUCCCUGUGCAUACGUCUGCCUCAUCAGUAGACGGUGAUAUCACUGCAAUGUCUCGUACCGUGCUCGACAGUGGUUCCGAUUGUGACGAAAUGCUUUCGGAGUCGGAACUUCAGGAAAUGCAUGUUUCUGAUGAUAUGGCUUCGGGUGAUAUCGAGGAUGUCUAUCGGGAUAUUGAAGCAGCUGAUCGGAACUUCAAAAGUGGGAGAUCGGUGUCUGCAUCAAAUACCUGCUCCAACUUAGUGAAGCAGUUGGCACCGUUGAGGUUGUUCUCCUCUGAGCAAAAUGUCUCCUGUACCCGAGAAAACCAGGAGCUGGAUUCCUCCUGUCCUUUAUCCUCGCCAUCCAUAUUGCCUUCCUCGUCUACGUCUAGUACCAAGUCAAAAGGACACAAAAGUUGUGAAAAAAUGGAAGCGGAGUUGCCUCAAACUCCACCUCCACCACCUUCACAGACGAGAGGAGGGAAGUCUUCUCGAAGGAGACGUCGCCCGGUCCGCAAGACCGGAGGCAUUGUUCCUACUCUCGACGGUCCUAAUGUUAAUGCUAGUACACCCGAGACUCAGGUUGUACCUACUCGGGCAAAUGGUUGUUGCCUUUCAAGCAAUGAGGAUACUGAGGAGAGUGGAUGCACCUGUCAAUCCGUGCACAAAAUGAAGAGAAGGUGCUCGCAACUUCGUUCGGGUGGAAACUGCCGCGAGGGGAAAGUUGAUGGAAUGGUUACGGCUUCAGAGACUACGCCUGGGCAUACAAAGACCUGGUCUUCAUUUAAGUCGUCAAUCCGCAUGGAUUCGUCUAGUCCAGGGCAAAACAACCCGGGAAGUGAAAAUCUGGGCAAUCCACUUACGGCUUCACCCAAUCCUCUACCUGCCUCCAAGGCUGGGAAUAAGCAACAACAAUCCGUGGCUAAAAACAGUGCAAUCUCUUCAUCUCUAAAACGCCCGGCUCUCAGCCCCUUCUUGGUGCAUUGCAAAGAACGUCGGUGGAACGAUCGCACUCUCAAUGCUCUUACCUGGGAUGGUGUGGCCUUGUGCCAUCGCGGGUUACCGCCUCACAAUUCCGCUCUGUCUCGCUGUCAACAGCCUGGCGACAUCGGCACUUGA